GUCUUUGGACGUUUUCUCUGUUUUCUUUCUGCUGCGCCUGACAGCAAACAAAGACCAGAAAGAGAUAGGGAGAGAGAGAGAGAGAUGGAGUGAAAAAGAAGGUGAAGGAGACGAAAGGGUUUUUGGUUUUUGUGGGUUUUUUCUACGGCAUUUGUGGGAAAGGAAGGAAGUGGGGAGACAAGGGAAAAAACAAUGACGCAGACGCCACCGCCACAGCAGCAGCAGCAGGGGAUGCUGAUGAACACUCCUCCGGGAAACGUCACCACCGAGCAGAUUCAGAAGUACUUGGAUGAUAACAAGAAGUUGAUCAUGGCUAUCCUGGAGCAUCAGAGUGCCGGGAAGUUUGCUGAAUGUUCCUCUUUGCAAAACCAGCUACAACAGAACCUGAUGUACCUAGCUAAGAUUGCUGAUGCUCAGCCACCACCGCCACAGCCACAAGGGACGACACAGCCACCAAAUGCUCAGAUGGCCUCGGUGCAACAAGAGCAGCAGCAGCAACAACAACAACACUACAUGCAGGCAUCACAAGGUCAAAUUGAAUGGUCGCAGCAGCAGCAACAGCAACCAAUGUACCUUCAAGCUCCUCGACAUCCUUUUCAGCUGAACGACCCAAAGCAGCAGCAGCAACAGCAGCAGCAGCAGCAGCAACAGCAGCAGCAGCAGCAGCAACAACAGCUGCAGCGCACCUAUCAGGGAUAGGAAAACCAACAUGAAGUCCUAGUGUCUCUGGGUGUGUUCACAGUACUUUAGUUUCAAGGUCGCAAUCCAAUGAGCACCACUAUAUGCCUGGACUUCCACUUACCUUUUCUGAAAUGUCCCGUGAACGUACUUUGAACUGCGCCAACGCUUUUCUCCUUUAAUCCCCUACCUUAGGCUAAGCACCAUGCUUGUUCCCCGUUUGGUUAACAAAAUUUCAUGCCGGUUGAUUUGUGAAACAACUUUGUGCUGGGCCGAUUGACUC